GCACAGAAAAGCUUCUGCCGCGUGCUCCUCGGUUAGAGAACACUUGAUUUCCUCACAGUUACAGAGCCUAUGAUUUAAUCACGCCUUUAGUGAACAUUAUUUUCGUUUGAUUUUUUUUUAACUCUCUCCUUUUGUUACCAUUGGUAUUUUCCGUUUCGCCUGAUUUGACGUAGUCGUGGUUGCUCAAGUGUUUUAUCGAAGUCCUCUCCAAUGUAGACGUCGUUCAAGCUUUCGCCUAUUACACGCAGUGCGAGGUCAGUGGUGUGUGUACGCGUGCGCGAGGAGGCGGUAUGGAGGUUUUGUGGCUUCUGCUGCUGCUCAUCGUGCCGGUCCUGUUUUGGACUAGCACCACGUUCGUUUUCUAUUUCAAAAAAUGUUUCUACGUGGCUUAUAUGAUGUUGUUGGCCAUGAUCGCUAUUCCCAUUUGUAUCCUGAAAAGCGGCGGACGGGACGUCGAGAAUAUGCGGAUUAUUCGCUUUCUGGUGCGCCAUGUGAAGUACUUCCUGGGUCUACGCUUUGAGAUCAUUGGCUGGGAGCACCUGCAGACUGAGGAGCCUUAUGUAAUCAUCUCCAACCACCAGUCAUCUCUUGAUGUGCUGGGCCUGAUGGAGAUUUUGCCUGAUCGCUGCACCACUAUUGCUAAGAAGGAGCUGCUGUGGGCAGGAACAGUGGGCAUGGUGUGCUGGUUGGGGGGCAUAGUGUUCAUCAACCGCAAGAAAACUAGUGAUGCUAAGAGUGUCAUGGCUGACACUGCCAAGAUCAUGCUGCAUGACAAGAUCCGCCUGUGGGUAUUUCCUGAAGGAACACGGAAUCAGAAAGGUGAUAUUUUGCCAUUUAAGAAGGGUGCAUUCCACCUGGCAGUGCAGGCUCAGGGCCUAAAUAAUAGUCUGGUCCUCACCAACUUCUAUAAACAAACAAACAACCUCAAGGCACCCAUCAUUCCCAUUGUGUUCUCCUCCUAUAGCAACUUCUAUCUACGGAAGGAGAAAGAGUUCAAAUCAGGAACAAUUACUCUGAAGAUUCUCCCCAAAAUUGAGACAAAAGGAUUGACGUCAGAUGAUGUGUCGUCACUCUGUGACCGGUCGUAUGCAGUGAUGCGUGCUGCCUUCCUGGAAAUCUCCGGUGAAUCAUCCCAGUCCAAUGGGCCAUCCAGUCACUGAGCAUUUCGUUGACUCCAUUUACUGUUUUCUCUCUCAUUGCCUCUCAUGGCUGCAAUGCUCUCUGACGGCUCGAGACUUUGCAGCCCUGGUGAUUGACGAUAGCUGUGGCAAUUAGACACUUCCACCAUCAUCUUCAGUGUCCAUAUAAAGCCACAUUUUACACACACAUACGCCUGCCUAUAUAUAUAUAUAUAUAUAUAUAUAUAUAUAUAUAUAUAUAUAUAUAUAUAUAUAUAUAUUCAAUACACUCUGGUCUCUCGUUGGGGCUUUUGGAAGUGCAUGGGUGUGGAAUUAACUAAGGGCAACAACCUUUGCCCUUGCCCGUUGGAGACUGUUUGGAGCAUUUUUUUUUUUCCAAUAGGUCUGUUUCAGGAAGGCAAUUUCUUGGGGAUGGGCAUUUAUCAUGGAUGCCUUGUCUCUCUUUUGCUUUUCAGAUGGUGAACAAUUUGUCCUUUUUUUUUUUUAAACCCCUUUAUUAUACAUUUUUUGCCUCUUCCCUGGUAAUCAUUAUUUGUAGCUGAUCUUUUAGGUCUUCCCAUGUUCUUUUAAAUAAUUUUUCAUCUUGUUUUUGUUCGAAUUUUGCCUUUUGCCAUCAGUCCUGCCUUAGGACCCAGACAAUUAAGUGUACUUUAAGUGUAACUACCACCAGUGGCAAACUUCCACCAUUCCAAGUCCUACUCCAUUAAGCAGAAGUUGGCAGCUUGGGAGGAAUUUUUCACUUGAUUGUACUCAGUGUUGCUAUUGUUUUCACUUAAUAAGCCUUAUCAUUGGAGAUUUCACGUUUAAAAAAAAAAUUAAGCUUUUUUGUUGCUUAGCUUUAUUUAGUUUGUGUUUCUGCCUUUUUACUUUGUCCCUUGUUUUGGAAAAGGUACCCGUUUAGCUGUAAAUGUCAAAGGUAAUUUCAUGAAGUGCAGUGUUCAGUUGUACUAGGGAUAUUGGCUACUGAAAAGUGCAGCCUAUUAAAAUGUCAUAUUUAAUAAUUUAUUUUACUUGUGAAUUAGAAAUGGCUAUUUAUGGUGCUGUUUGCUGUAAUCCAUUUAAUCUGUGUCGUAAUCGUAUUCAGUGCUGCCAGAUUAAACAGUAUCCACCACAAUCUGGCAGCUUUUUUUUUUUUUUAAUUCACCUUGAGUUGAAACUACCUUGGGCUGUACGUUGCAUUUCAAAGUAACAUUCCAGGACAGGUUCUAAGCAGCUACCCGAAUGGUGCUUCAGUCUAGCACAUGGAACUAGUAGGCAGGUCAUCACACAAGAUAUUUAAUUAGCACCACACAUACACUAUCUUCAUGCAUGCAUAUGCUACAUAAACUUUCCAACCUGAUCUGUACCAUAUGUGUCUGUAUAAUUACAAAACCUUUUCACCCUUUAAUUCUUGUUUCCUUAACACUGCUAAAUUAACAUGCUACUUGCUAGGAAAAUUUUUUGUUUGUUUAAAUAACCUUUUGGUUAAUAAUUUAUUCAGAUGUGUAACCAAAUAAAAAAAACACACAUUUUGUCCUAAUGGUACAAUCAAGUAAUGUACCAAAACAAAUGCUAUAAACUAUUUUUGUGCCAUGUUUGUAAAGUUUCUCAGCUAUCAGUUACAGAGUCAAUUAGUGAUCAGUGAUUUGUUGAGCAUAUUUGAGAGGGGGGGGGAAUACCCUGCUGUGAUAUUGUUUCGAUUUGUUUUCUGCAAAACAUUAUUUUUGCCAAAUACUGGCUAAGUUCAUUUUAUGUAAGAAUGCAGUUCACAAAUAACCAAAUUUAAAGUGUACCUUACUAAAUUGACAUUCAGUAUUGACUGGGGUAUAGUUAAAAAAAAAAAAGAUUUUUAAGAUUUUUUUUUUCUUGAAGGUGUUAUGGUUAUUUUUGAAAAUCAUAUUUGGGAAAAAGUAGGUGAACAGUCAACAUUCUGAAAACCACAGAAAAUUUUUAUUGUUCCUUGUUUAUCUCUUCUUGUUGACAUUUUAAUUGUGCCUAAUGUUGAAACUAGGCAGUUCCAUGCCUGUCUUUUCAUUUCAUUUGGGUUGA